UGGUGCACUGCAGCGCUGGGAUUGGUCGCUCAGGGACCUUUGCCUUGGUGGAUACCUGUCUAGUUUUGAUGGAGAAGAGGAAAAACCGGUCAUCAAUGGACAUACAAAAGGUGCUACUUGGCAUGAGGGAAUACCGCAUGGGCCUGAUCCAGACCCCUGACCAGCUCCGCUUUUCAUACAUGGCUGUCAUUGAGGGAGCCAAGCUCAUCCUGACAGACAACUCAGAAACACAGAACAAGCUGACACAGCUGUCCAGAGAUGACCUGGAGCCAGAUCUACCCCCUCCACCACCUCCACCUAGACCUCACCUUAACGACAGCAGACCCAACGGACCCCACCUAGAGUCUCAGGCCCCCUCAGGAGACAGGCUUGCAGGAGAGCCAGAUGCCCAAGAUCACAAUAAGGCAGACAAUUCUGGGCAGGUCCGAAAGCGACACCGUGAGGAAAGGAUUGCCAGCACAGCACAGAGGGUCCAACAAAUGAAACAGAGACUGACAGAGUCUGAGAGGAAACAGGAGAAGUGGCAGUACUGGAGACCCAUCCUGUUCAAUGUCGGCGCCGGCGCCGGGGCUGUCUUGGCCAUAAGCCUGCUGUACUGGAUGUAUUCCCAGUGAAGCACUGCGGGUCACUUAAAACGGACUCUUAUUUUGCACCGGUACCUGAGAUUAGGUACUUCUUCUCGACGUAGACUUAGACAGUAAUAUGUGCAGAAUUGAGGGUAUUUAUUUCUCAAGGUCAAAAUGCGGGAGCGCUAGAUCAAACGAGCGUCUGUAUAUUUUUCAUGUAAGAUCGAAACAAAAAAAAUAGUAACAUCUCAGGAUCUCGGUGCCAGCACGAUGAUUUAAUUUCCUUUCCUUCUUGUCACUGCUCAUGAAUGUACUGUAUCAUAGCAAAAAUGGCUUUGCAGAAACUUACUAAAGGUGCAGUACAAAGAGAAAUAUAUAGUGACAGGUUUAUUUUUACAUUCUUUAUUUGUAAUAGUCAGAUAUGUGUCGAUCAACACGUUUUACAUUUUGCAUUUCAGAGUGACUUGUGUUGACUUGUUCAUCCUACUGUAGACUUGUAGGAAAACUCCAGAGCCAAGAUUCAGCUGUAGGAUUUUACUUUUCUUUAGUUUUAAUGUAAUAUAAUGAAAUGCAUGCAUUCUGCGGUUUUCCAGACCACCACUUGUUCUUCCAUUCACAUUUAGCAGGGCAUCUCAACACGGCCAGAAGAAUAUUUUUGUGUGAGUGGACACUUCCUUGCCAAUGUUUCAGACUCGGCUAGAGUGGUUAUUUUCUGUUAUGUGCACACUUUUUUUUUUUGCCUGCCUUUGUUAGCUGCCACAUGGAUCAUAAACGUUGCCCCUUAGCAAGUUAUUUACCCACUGGAUGGGUUGGUCUGUGUUUGUUCAGGUGAUCACGCUGUUUUUGUUUUUUGUUGUUGUUUAUUUUAAGAAACCAAAGCCUGUUUUUAGGAAGAUAACAGUCAGACAAGCUCCUGAUGAUGAACCCUCGCAUACUCCCCUCAUGUCGAAUGUAUAUUCUGUUGAAUCUCUCUGUCAUAACUGACACCUGUAUUACAAAAUGAUGCUAGUACCGUUCUACAUUCUGUCCGUGUUUUGAACCCACAUGAUCGCCGAUUCGGUUUUCAAUUGACUGGGACCAAUCUAAAGCUACAAUAGUGCAAUUUAGAAGCUGAAGGAGAGCACCUUGGAUUAAAUUUAGAAGAGAGCGAUGUCCUUGUGGGGUGGUUGAAAAAGCUUUUAAUGUGCCUUGAAAUGUGUUAAAUACGGAAAGGAGGAAAAAAAGUGCGCUCCCAGAAUAUUUUUAUUUUUUAUUUUUUUGGUGUGUGCGAUCAGUACAGAAAAUUGUCGUGUCGCACGUAAUGUGAGUAACAUGUUUGCACUGCAAUGACCAGAUUAGAGGUGGUGUACAGUAACAUGCGUCUGAGUUGAUUGAACAUUGAAUGUGUCAUUAGCAUGUUUCGACUCCUGAAGUGAAAUUUUUGAUUGGCUACAGUAGAACAUGGCUUUUAUUUUAUUAUUAUUGUUAUUUUCUUAUUUAACAAUAAUAUAGUGUAACAUUCCAUUCAUUUGUUUUCUGUGUACAGUUUUCAGGGGAGUUUUGUACACUGUUGAGCUGCAGUGUGGAACAUGACAGAAGACUUUUGAUGAGAAAAAUGACAAAACCACAACAAAAACAUUAAAUACUUCA